AUGCGUUGUCUCUGCCCUGUCCUUCACACGGCAGCCAGCCUUCCCACCUACCCGUCCCUGCUACCUACCCCCCACACUAGCAGCCGCGGGAGGGGAGAGGCAGAGCAGAGGGUGGUUCUCUUGGGGGUUCUCUGCUGGCAGGGUUCUCUGCUGGCGGGGUUCUCUACUGGCGGGGUUCUCUGCUGGCGGGGUUCUCUGCUGGCGGGGUUCUCUGCUGGCGGGGUGCUCUGCUGGCGUCUGGUGCUGGUGCUGGCGUUUGGUGCUGGUGCAUGGCGCUGGUGCUGGUGCCUGGUGCUGGCGGCUGGUGCUGGUGCCUGGUGCUGGUGCCUGGUGCUGGCAGCUGGUGCUAGUGCCUGGUGCUGGCGGCUGGCGCUGGUGCUGGUGCCUGGUGCUGGCGGCUGGUGUUGGUGCCUGGUGCUGGCGGCUGGCGCUGGUGCUGGUGCCUGGUGCUGGCGGCUGACAUCCGCCCACCACCCCCGUCCCCAACUCCUCCCCCCUCAUGAACCACCAACCCCCACUCCCCCUCCCCAGCCGUCCCUCACCGGCCAACACACCACCACCUCCCCCACCUUUUGGAAAUGGAGCGGGAUCUGA